UAGAGAUUAUUUUUAUUUGUUUUUCAAAGCUUUCGUGUGACAUUGAUGGCCCGAGUGAAAAUGAAACUAGACACCUGUCUUAUCGUUUACUUUUUUUCUUCAUUCUCAGAUGCAAGAGACUUAACGAAAGAACCGGGACAUUUAGAACCAUUCGGAUAUGCCAAAUCAACACUGACAUGUGAUGAAGUAGAAAAAUUUCCUCCACCCGAUGUAUUUUUUCAAGAUUAUGUUUUCCCUAAGAGACCCCUAGUCAUGAGAAACGCAGCAAAAAUUUCUCCAGCUUUCAAAUCGUGGACAGAUGAUUAUUUUCUUCAAGUAAACGAACCAGUAAAUCAUGCAGUGUCGGUAGAAACGGAGAAAAAAGAAGAUCGUAAACAAGAAGUGCGUGAAAUGCCAUUUACAGAAUUUGUCGGCAAAUACAACACCUCGGGGAUUUACAUGGUAAACCCUGUGCCAAAAUUCAUAAGACAAGAUAUAGUUCUUCCAUGUUGUAUGCAGUGUCCAUUUAUAAUGGAAGGAAAGCUAGUGGAGAAUAUAAUGUGGUUCAGUAGUGGAGGGACAAAAUCUGUGGUGCACACCGACUCUGUGGACAACAUCAACUGUUUGUACAGGGGAGACAAGCAGUUUGUAAUGGUUGACCCGGAGAAAUAUGGUGACAAGGUAGAUUUGGAUCAUCCAGAAGGGUCAUACUCAGGGGUGGAUGUAGACAGUGUAGACUACAACAAGUACCCUGGGUUGGCUGAUGUCGAGUUCUACACAAUAAACAUUACAGCCGGAGAUUGUCUCUUCAUUCCAUAUAAAUGGAUUCAUCAAGUUCGUUCCUUUGGUAGUAACUUGGCUGUUAAUAUUUGGUGGAAUCAUUUUAUUCCAAAGGAUGUAUCACUGCAGUCCUGUAACAUGGAAUGUGACUUUGAGAUGACCUUGAGAAGUGUUGACUUUCGAGGUUUUGAUCAGGUCAUGGAGAGCAUUGAUGCUAUUAAAGACCAUGUUUAUGCUCUUCUCUCAAGCCUAAAAAAUUGUGACUAUGAAAAAUUUCUUCACGGACUGAUUUCAGAUGAUAUAGAAUUUUUGGAAAACAACAAAAUUCCAUACAACCGUUUGAUGAAAAAGAUGUUCAAAGACAUGGAUGUUAAUGAAGAUGGUUACAUUAAUGAAGGAGAACUAGACACUAUGAAUGAAAAGCAUUGGCUUUCUGUUCAGCAGAGCAUGGAUGAGCUCAGUCAACUGAUUAAGGAUGCAGAGAGCCUGGACAAUGGAGAGUUCCGAUUCAGGGAUGAGUUAUAGACGUCCAUUAAGGAUGAUUGACAUACAAUGCUUCAGCUGAUCUUAAAUCUUAUAUGUAGUAUCCACCAAUGAAAUCCAUAAUUUAAUAUUAGAUUAAGAAUUUGUUCUUCCAUUUAAGUGCAUAUUUUAAAAUGUUGGGGUUUUUUCUUCAAAUAUUAUUAUUUUUGGCAUGUAUGACAUUUUUUAAGUCUCUUCAUUAGCAGUUGUAAUUAAUUUUUUAUGUAUUUCUCUCAGAGGACCCUUCUCAUAUAGGUAUGUUUUCUAAAUGUAAUAAUGAGAGCUCAUGAAGUUUCCCCAUUUGCCUUUAGGGUUUAUUAGAUAAUGUAACCAAUGUAUACAUGUGUGUAUGUAUGUGUAUAUAUAUAUGUGUGUUUAUGGAUAUAUUAUGAGCUCUAAGCCCAGGAGUAGAUUUUUAUUAUGAGCUUUAAGCACAGAUGGAGUAGAUUUUUAGAUAGCUUUGUACAUUUUGUUCACUUUUAAAGGGCAAGGGUCAACAUUUCCAGCCCUAAAUUUUGAACAUUUUUCAAGCAAUGCCAUUUCAGUAAUUUCUAUAAAUCAAAGAAUGUCAGUUUCUGGAAUCAAUUUACACCUAUAGAAAUCAUUGGAACUGUGUGUGAACUUAGAAUAUCAAGUUUAAGGUAUAUCAAUACGCCAGUUUCGAGAUAAGAGCUCUCCUGUGUAGGAGGUACAUUUAGUAGAAUUUUGAGGGCCUAAGUGGGACAGAGUGAACCUUCUGUCAUUGAGUUAGACGAUAAAAUGUAUUAAAAAUGGCUUCUUUUUAAAUAUGUAAAUAUUGGAAACACAAAAUACUAUUGAAAGAAAUGUUUUACUAAAGAGAAACAUAAAAACAAUGUCAUAUUUGAAAGUAAUAUCCAGGAUAUGAUACCUACGACCAAUAAAAUUACGUGAUAUAAUAAGAAUUCCAUGUAUCUAAUUACUCCCUGAAUACUUAUCACUUACUUAGUUUGUGUAUCAGUUGAAUUCGGGUAAUGAAACAGCGUAUGAGAGACUUAAUGAGUACAUUCACUUAUGCAGUGAUGAAUAUUCGUCCCACUCCCGCAUGUAAACAAGUUGUUUCGCGCCUUACUAUGUACGAGAGUUCUUCAAAGGGAAAUAACUCGAGCGUAUCUCGAAACCAGCAUAUUUGUUGUUUACAUAUGACACCCACACUUUCUAAACAUAAAACAUGCACAAAAGCACUGAUGCAUGACCUGUUGAAAGAAAAUGGCAGAAAUCCACAUUUCUUAUGUUGUACAUUCCUAAUUUAAAGAUAAAAAACUAUUGUUUUCUUAAAGGUGAAUUCUCUCAAGAUUCACGCAGGUUUUAUAAAGGAUCAAUUCACUGACAGGUUAACAAAAGAAAAUACCUAUAGGGGAGAACAAUUUUCCAGGGAAAAGUACAUUGUUAAUUAAGUUUCUUUAGUUAUUUUCUGUCUUACAAAUAUAUGAAAUUUUCAUUUUGAACCAACAAUGUGGAAAUUAACAUUUAAAGUUGGUUUAAAGUUCAUUAAACGACAUUUUCCCAUUCAAGCACCGAUUUUGACGCGAAUUUUGGCUUUGAAGGCCUUCAAGGCAGGCCUUCCCUAAGAUUUUUGUUGUUGAUAUUUUGAUAGGUUACAAUCUUGGAAAUGAUUUACAAUAUAGUAUUUUUUAGGGGCAUCCCUGCCUUGAGGUUGAAAUUCACAUAAAAACAACAAAAACUCAGGGAAACUGUUUUUCAAAACCUAGCUGGUUCAUACUUACACAGGUAAUACUUGUGCUUAGAAUAGCUCAGUUGCAGCUGCACUGCAGGCAGUAUAUGCUGUGAUUAUUUUUUGCCAUGGUUCAAAUCUGCUUCACACCACACUUUUAGUUUUAGUUUUCGUUUCGCAUUUUCAACAUUUCUUUUUCAUAAAAGGUGUAGAUUGAUUCCUGGAAUUCUGAUAUUAACUGAUAAGUAAACAGUUCUUGUAUUUUGAUGAAGGGUUUUAUAAUAGUGAAAUAUUUCAGAAAAGGUUUAGGUAGGUUUGCUCAAAGCAAAAUUCCAACCAUGAAUUGCAAUUGCAGCUAUCCUGAUAAUUUCAACAUAGACUCCCAUAAUUUCUUUUUCAAUUUCAAGAAAUAUACCAAUGUUAAUCCCAUAAGUUUCAAAAAAGUUUAUUUAUACCUAGAAAAGUUUGAGAGAAAGACAGAAAAUUUAUGAAUAUAUGAGUAGGAAAAGGUCACAACUAAUGCUAAAAGAGAUACUAUGAACUUUGUCAUCAGGGUUUUAGAUUAGAUACUGUUUAUUUUAUUGAACAUUUAUUAUGAAGAUUCAAGCAUUCUAAUUCUGAGGAGCAUCUAUUUGGAAAAGCUACUUAUAGAAUGGCAAGUACCAUCUAUUAGCACAUAGACACACACACACCACAACAUUGGGCUUGGAUUUCUCAAACUUAAGUUUGAGUAUUCUUUUAUUUGAGUAGUCAAAAUUUGAGUAAAAUCUCAAGACUCAACUUCCCUGAUGUUGUGAGAAUAAGACACCCCCCACCCACUUAGUUUAUACACAUGCACUUGUAUGUAUCACAUUUUGUCUCAUUUUUAAAACAAAAUGUCUAAUUACAAGCUGUAUGUCAUACAGUGUAUAAUUAUCAAAUUGUUCAUGAAAUUAUUUUUUGUGUACUUCAACAUUUUUGUGAUUUUAGCAAUUUUUCUGCAUUCCAUAAACUAUUAAUGAGGAGAAUUUAAAAUAGACUUGUGGCGAUGUGCAUCCAAUUCCAAUUGAUAUGAUAUAAACACGGGUAUGAUUCUCACAGAAAUCCAAUAGAAAUCCAGUGUUUAAUGCCAGCUUUAUAUGAUUUUUAAACUUUUUUACACAAAUUCAAUUUUGAUUUGUAUUUUGUUAUAAUUUAUUUUGUAUUUAAUCCAGAUAUUUAUAUUUGUAUUCAGUCAUUGUUGACAUGUAUGCUGUUAUGCUAUAUUAAUUUUCUGUACUUAAUGAAAUCCCUUUCUGUGUAAUAAACUCACUAUUAAUAUUUUUAAAUAUUAGUUACUUUUGAAAUUGUUUUGAUUGAUCAUGAAAUAUAUUUUGUAUUUUAUAGUUAUACCAUUUCCUUCUUAUUUUACAGUGCAUUGUGUAAAUUAUUUUCAGAAAUAGUUAUGAUCAACACCGAAUUUGAAUGACUAUUUAAUCUGAUAUGACACAAUUUGGGCAUUGGUUCAGAAUUAUAUCUUUCUACCAAAAAAUAAAACAAGACUACUGCCAGAUGAUUUAAAUUUGUGAGGGCCAAUAUUUGUGGAUUGUCAAGAUUUUACAGUUUCUUUAGAAUGUAAUUUCAUAGAUAUGAUUUCAGUACUUGUAAACAUGUGAAAUUUGUAUUUCAUUGCAGUAUGAAAUCUUGGGGAUGUAGAGAAACCUAUGAAAAUUAAGCACCCACUAAAUCUAAUGAUCCACGGUAUUUUCGAUUAUUGUCAAUGGAUUUUUAUUGAGGGUGGCAUACUGCUACAAACAAUCAACAAUUAUUGAAAAGAAAACUCUAUAAUAGAGAUAGGAUGGUUUUUGAUGAUAUAUGAGUGUUUAGGAUUUUGAUUACAAUGUGACAGAAGUACUGCAUAGAAAUUAGAUGUACAUUUUCCACUCUAAAUUAAAAUUACAGUAUUUUUUUAA